AGAAACAACCUUGCUGGGGGUCGACCAAUGAAAGCAGAGAAUAUUGCUGGGCUGCUUGUGGACUGUGGAGGCUGUCAAAGAGGAAGCAUUAACUCUCAGUCAGUAGGUGGAGAUGUUCCGCAGUGUGCUGGGGAAGACGCUGGGGUUUGUGGGCUACACCAUCCAGUAUGGCUGCAUUGCAAACUGUGCCUUUGAAUUCAUCGGAGAAGUUGUUGUGUGUUCUGGUCCAUCCAUGCAGCCCACCAUUGUCAACCACGAUAUUGUUUUCUCUGAGCGGAUAAGUCGUCAUCUUUGCAAAAUAGAAAAGGGUGAUAUAAUAAUCGCAAAGUGUCCAUCUGACCCGAAUAUGAACAUCUGUAAAAGGGUGAUGGCACUUGAAGGUGACAAGGUCUGCGUAAGUGGCCCAUCAGAUCUCUUCAAGACCCACACAUAUGUUCCAAAAGGCUAUGUAUGGCUAGAAGGAGAUAACCUUAGGAAUUCCACUGACUCAAGGAACUAUGGCCCAAUUCCCUACGCCCUCAUCCGUGGGCGGGUUUGCUUAAAGGUAAAAGAGGAUGUGCACUGUAUGUUUUCAUGUAUAAAAUAUGUGUUUAAUUGCAGGAUCAGGAAGCUAUCUUAUCUCUCCUUUAACCCAUUGUUUCUCUCUCUCCUCUUCAUCUCCUACACAGCCCCUCAUAGUUUUGGGACCCUCAGUGAAAGCCCAAGUACUAAAUCUCAGAGUGACUCAGACUCUGAUUGACUCAAGUAUAUUGUUUUUACUGUAUGACACUUUUUUGAAUAAAACUUAUAUUUCAUUAAAAUGUUCUAUUUCAAA